AUGAAGCGUACUGCGGUAGUGCUACUUUCUAUUCUGAUAGGGUGUUUUCAGGUUGUAAGCAUGCUGCCGGUUUUAAACGAAGACUUCCUGGAAAUAUUGGAACGCGAACUGGAUCAAAUAUUGGAAAAAAGAAGCCAUCAUAAUGAUUCUUUGUCAUCAUCAUCAUCAUCAUCAUCAGAGGAGGAGGAGGAGGAUUAUUUAGGGAGUUCGACAUCAGGAUUUCCUUAUAUUAAAGGUCCAGAGAGUUUCACGGACAGGAUCGCCAUUGUUGGGGCGGGGCCGUCUGGUGUGCACAUGGCACUGAAACUUAAGGAAGCUGGAUUCUCUGAUGUUACUGUGUUUGAGAAGGAAGAAGAAGUAGGCGGAAAAUCGAAGACACUUUUGUACCGAGAUGUCGUUCAUGAAAUGGGGACCUGCUAUUCCCAGCCAGACUACACGGAACUAUACAGACUCCUUGAAACUUACAAUGCCGGAGAUCUUCGUCCCUUACCUAGUCCUACAGUAUGGAGAGGACAAGAUAAACUGACAUCCAUCCAGAACAUGCUUGCUCCUGCAGCUGAACACUUGCCCGAUGCUUCCCUGUUGGAAAUCAAAGACGAGUUCAUGAAAGCUAUACAUAGGUACUUGGACGUACAUAAUGAUCUGUUUGGAAAUUACGAAGGGGAAUUGAUGCCACGCCCGUCUAGAUAUACUCUAAAGCAUGACCUUAACAUGACAUUAUUAGAAUUCAUGACAAAACAUAAUGUAGAUAUUCUCGCAAACCUUUUUCUGCAGAUACAAACAAUUCAGGGCUAUGGGCAUUUAGACGAAAUUCCAGCUUUGUAUGGGUUGACAUGGAUGACUUCGAACUUUUUACUAAACCUCCUGAAACCUCCAGAAGGUGAACUCUCGGCUGUCAAAAUACUAAGUAAAGGUUAUCAAACGUUAUGGAAGGAAAUAGUAGACCAGGAAAAUAUCAACGUUCGAUAUUCAUCUCCAGUAAGAAAGAUAUAUCGGCGGAAGAAAGAGAAUCGCCGCAAGGGUGGCAAGCGUCGUGCGGCGUUCGAGAUACACUAUGAUGACCGGACUGGCUUUAGAAAGGGAGAGCCUUUUGACUUCCUUGUAUUGACACCGGAAAUGAAACUGCUUUCAGAUUUAGAUAUCAUCGACUUCAACGACGAGGAGAUGAAUCUUUUCGAGAGAAUGAACCAUCAUUACUACGCAACAACGCUAGUAGACACCACAUACGGGACAAAUAGAGGUUUCACACCGCAAAGCUUCUUCGCUGAUAAUACAGAAUCCAAAGUCGACGGGAAGGUGUGGGGGAAAAGAGACUCCUAUAACAGCCUAGUAUAUAACGUGGGAAAACAAUACACCGACGGAUUGGUUCCUGGGGCUCCUGAUGGAAGGUUCGAGCAAACAUCCGUAUAUUAUCAAUUCUCAAAAUCAUUGCCGGAGAAAGAAGAUCUGUUGGAGGAGUUGGUUGACCAUAUUCGUCAGAGGGAAAAUGCAGAAGUUGUUAAUAUUCUGGAUACCAAUGUAUGGGAUUACUUUCCACAGUUUUCUGUUAAGGACAUAGCGUCAGGAAUAACUUGGGAUAUCUUUGACAUGCAAGGGAAGUACGGUAUUUGGUAUGCUGGAUCCUCUGUUUACUUUGAAUCCGUUAAGUCGGUGCUGGAGUACAACAAUCUCAUAUUCCGACAAUACCGCCUACCGGAGUCGGAAUAG